UCGAUUACCUUUUUGGCCCACCACGCGGCCACGGUGCUGUGUCAAUCGGUCAACCAAAAAAGCAAAUUUCAUGAGAUUUUCGUAAUUUAGUGUAUAUGUUUAUACUCAAGAUUAUAUAAACCAUGCCGAAGAAUAAAGGAAAAGGAGGUAAAAACAGGAGGAGGGGUAAAAAUGAGAACGAGACUGAAAAACGUGAGUUGGUCUUCAAGGAAGAUGGACAGGAGUACGCUCAGGUCACAAAGAUGCUCGGUAAUGGCCGCCUGGAGGCCAUGUGCUUCGACGGCAUCAAACGUCUUUGUCACAUCCGAGGGAAGCUCAGGAAAAAAGUGUGGAUAAACCAAGGUGACAUCAUACUGAUCGGUCUCCGAGAUUACCAAGACGCCAAGGCAGACGUCAUUCUGAAGUACACCCCCGACGAGGCGAGGAAUCUGAAGACGUACGGAGAGUUCCCGGAGACGGUGCGCAUCAACGAGACCGUGGUGUACUCCGUGGACGGGCUGGACGAGGACAUCGAGUUCGGCGACGAGGUCAGCUCCGACGACGAGGCGGACGCCGUCGACGCCAUCUAGAACACCUAGCUCUAUUUAUUAUGUCUACAGUAAGUUGUGUAUAUUUUAUUUUACUGUUAUGGAUAAACUUGACUUGUGAUUUUACUGUUAGCCUACCAAAUCACCUGUCUGAUUGUUGUAAUAGCUCAUUGAAAUGUCUAGUUUGUUAGACAUACCAUAGUAUUAUGUCCAAGUUUAAUUCAUACACAGCUACCAUCUCUCAAAUUGUAAUAUUUAUUGAGAACCCUUUGGAAUAAACACAAAAUGACAAUUUGAAUAGUCGUGUAACAUUCCUCAAAUUAUUCUAUGUCCAUUCGCUAUUGAUUAGCUGUUUUCCUACUGAAAUUUGUGAAAUGUACAUAUAUAUAAAUUUAAUAAAACACCCAACCCAUUU